UGGGACCCUAUAGUGUCUACUAUAACUCUAAGAGCAACUAGUGUUGUUACUUGGCUAGAAGAACAAGACCUAGAACUACUAAUAAGUCCUGGCACAGGCACUUUCUUUAGGCCUAAUAUGAAUAGAGAGAGUGUCCUAGGCCUAACCUUUGCUAUUCUAGUCCUUCCCCUACUUUCUUUACAUGCUACAACACAGCUAGCAAACCUUAUAGAAGACUGGCAAACGCUAGGAGGAAUUGGCUCUCACCACCUAGGCAUCUUAUUU